AUGUCGCCAUCGGGCAAUCCGUACCAAGUUGUGCCCUCGUCGCCCGAGCCCGCUGAGAAUGCCUUGAACGUCGUUAGCGAGAAGUCGAGUAGCAACUCAGCGUUUCUCAGUAGUCGCAAUCUAGUCUUGAUUUCGUCCGUUGCGACAGUCGUAACCUCACUCCUUUCCCUCUACACCUUCAUCUCCGCCCAACUAACUCCAUACCACUCCAUCGCCCAUGCUUCCACAGGCGCACCGCUACUCAGGCGUCCAGGCACGUAUAUGAACCUCGACAAGCUCCCGGUGAACGACAGCCAGCCGCACUUCCACCCGAUCCAUAGUUUCGCCCACAUCCUCCUUCAGAUCGACACCUCUGAUCCACAGCGGAAGCUGCACGAGAACUACAGAAAGUAUGACAGUCCCCAGGGAGAGAUAUACCCCGAUGACCGGUACUUCCUCGUCUCGUCAUCCACGUCGACCAUAAUCCAAUUUCGCAAUCUCGACUUCAGAAUGGAGAAGUGCGUGCUCGACCCCACUAUCCCCAGCCAUAACGUCACGUCCCCCGAUUCUGGCUUCGAGCCUAGCGUUCGCGUUGAUGCGUCAAGUAUCGUAGAUGUGUGGAUGCUAGACAAUACGCAGGAGCUAUCGCGACAUACCCAAUGGACGUACGCCCCACGGCGCAAAACGUGCUUCCGGAGCAUCAGCCUCCGUGGCGAGGGUUCACGCAGAAUCGAAUUCUUCUGCCCAGUUUUGGCAAAGAAAAUCAAAUCCUCCAAACGGAAUCUACAUGGUUCAAUACGAUUCGAGGGAGUGGAUAGGCGAGGGACCAGCAGCAGAGAAGGAUUGAUCGUGAGAAUAGCCUGCGCUUAG